CAUCAGUUGCACUAGAACAACUUGAAGUAGUUAACCCAUAGCACAAAAAAUAACUAAAUAUAACACAAUGUUGAAAUUCCUCGCCAUUUGCUUGUUCGCCCUGAUCGCUUGCGUUGCUGCCAAGCCAGCGGUUAUUGCCGCACCAGUGGCCUACACUGCCGCUUAUUCGGCUCCAGUAGUGGCCGCUUCCCCCUACACCGCUGCGUACACGGCCGCCUACACUUCGCCCUACGCCUCCGCUUACUCCUAUCCCUAUGCUGCAUACAGCUAUCCUUACGCCACCGCUUUCGUGCGUUAAGCCACUUCUCGACAGCACAAUAAUUGACGAAUCAAACGUUUACUGAUAUGAAAAUUGUUUACUGACUUAUUUGCCUACAUACAUUCAUACCAUAUAUGUUAUGUUAUUUUGUUGAAUUUUUAACUCUAAUUAUUCUAUACUCGAUUUUACGCUAUAUAGAGAAGAGUUUUAGCUAACACUUUCAUUUCCACCUUUAAAUCUUAUCGUUUUUUACUUUUCACUUACACUUCUUUUCUAUGUUAUUAUAUAAAAUAAUAU